GUGUUCUUUCUCCCUUCGGAAGCCCCCCUCUGCCACGUUCAUCUCCCAUUUGGUGGUUCCUUCCCAAAAUUGAGGGCAUUCUAGUAAAACUCAAAACACCAAAUCUGAGAGCUGGAUUUAUGGCUCUGUUCACUUCUCAUUGGCUGCACCUCUUCACAAACUAAAUGGAAUGCUAUUUUAUAAUCAUUUUUCAUCUUUUCUCUUGAACCUUCCUUCACCCAUCUUCUCCACCACUCCACACAACCUUAAAUCCAAACCCAAACCAAACGAAAAACACACACACACACACCCCAAGAGAAGGAACAGAAAAAAUGGGUUGCCGUUAGUAUCUAUGAGUUUCGAUGUUAUGUAUGUGAUUCCGAGAAGUUGGUGUGAUCUGAUGCGAGUGUUAAGAAGAUAAUCUGAGGAGAAAAAAGAAAGAAAAAAAAGUUUCAUUUUUUUUUUUCAAUGGAGUCAGAUCUUCAGCAGCACCCUCCCAUGUUUUUGGAUCACCACCAGCAGCAGAUGAAUUCAGGGUUGACACGUUACCGAUCGGCGCCAAGUUCGUAUUUUUCGAGCAUCAUUGACCAUGAGUUCUACGAGCACGUUUUCAAUCGACCCUCUAGCCCCGAAACAGAGCGAAUGUUGACACGCUUUGUGAAUAGUCUUGGUGGGGGUGAUGCUGAUGCAGAGGAUUCACUUGCUACUACUCAGAAUCCCCCAACUGUUGUUGCGGUUAAGGAAGAGGUUAAUCAGCAACCUCCGGAUGUUACAUCCAUGAAUAAUGAACCACUUGUUCUCCAACAACAACAGCAGCAGCAGCAACAACAACAACAAAGUAAUAAUAUGUAUAAUUAUGGCUCUUCUGGUACUCAGAAUUUUUACCAAAGCACUGGACGACCACCUUUGCCAAACCAGAUGAAGACUGGUCAUGGAAGUAGUUCUAAUCUUAUCAGACAUGGUAGCUCACCUGCUGGAUUGUUUUCAAACAUUAACAUUGAUAUUACUGGCUAUGCUGCUGUUGUAAGGGGCAUGGGAACUAUGGGAGCUGCUGCUAAUAACACCAGCGAGGAAGCAAACUUUUCACCAGCAACAAGGAUGAAGAAUAAUGCACCAAACUUCUCUUCAGGACUAAUGUCAUCAAGGGCUGAAGUUGGAAACAAGAGCAAUACACAGAACAAUAAUGCAGAAAAUGAAGGGUUUGCUGAAAGCCAGGGCAAUGAGUUUAUCCCUGCAGGUUUCCCCGUUGGUCCGUGGAAUGAUUCUGCAAUCAUGUCUGACAACGUGACAGGUCUGAAGAGAUUUAGAGAUGAAGAUGUGAAACCAUUUUCUGGUGGUUUAAAUGCACCUGAAAGUCAGAAUGAAACUGGAGGCCAACAACCUUCUUCUUCUGCUUUGGCUCAUCAAUUGAGUUUGCCAAAUACUUCUGCAGAAAUGGCAGCCAUUGAGAAGUUUCUGCAGCUCUCAGAUUCUGUUCCUUGCAAAAUUCGUGCCAAACGGGGCUGUGCCACUCACCCAAGAAGCAUUGCAGAGAGGGUUAGAAGAACUAAAAUUAGUGAGCGAAUGAGGAAGCUACAAGAUCUCGUUCCCAACAUGGAUAAGCAAACAAACACAGCUGACAUGUUGGACUUGGCUGUUGAGUACAUUAAAGACCUUCAAAACCAAGUUCAGACUCUUUCGGACAAUCGGGCAAAGUGUACGUGUUCACACAAGAAGCAGCAAUAACGCAAAAGGAGGAGGAUACCCGCGUCAUUACGUGUACAGCUUAGUAAUAAUUUGGUCUAGAAACUAGUGCACCUUUCCGAUAAUUAUGUAGCCACAUCUUCAGCGGUUGUUUGGGAGUGGUUGUGGGAAAAUCAGCUUAUAAAAGUUGACUUUAUAUAUCAUCAAAAUCAAAAUUUGAUGCCACAUAUUCAAAGCAUGGUGUACAAAAUUUUCUGAUAUAUUACAAGUCUAUUUGCCUUUAAUCUUUAGGGGCCCCCAUUUUCGGGGAUGGAGGAUGGGGUGAGGUGGAAAAUGGAAAUUUUCAUUUUUGCUUCUUCAAUGUUCAACAAUAACGUUUUAAAAAAGGAUGUUAUGUAUGGGUUAUUGGGUUUGGUUUCACAUUCAAUGACAUGGGAAACAUGGGGGACCGAAUUUGUUGGUUAUAUAUACACUUGUAUGAGUAGUGUGUUUUACUUUUUA